AUGACUGAUGACAGUAACAACAACGUGGGCAAGAUAAGCAGCAGUGAUAUAAAGGCUUUGCUCCAGAGCUCGGAAAACGAAUUCGCCGCCUACGUGGAAGAAAUUAAGCGGUCCAAAUUAGACAGUGUACAGGCCAUCAAUUACAGGGAAAGCCUGGUGAAUUGCGUGAGGGAAAGCAGAGCGCUCUACAAAAAACUUGAAAAGACAGUUCAACUUGUGCAACAGAAGUUCCUGAGGCAAUCACAAGCAAUUGCAUCGGCUGCUGAUACCAAAAUUAAAGCUGAAACUGAAGUAAUCCAAAAAAUUUUGGCAGAAAAAUUUGCCAAAAAAGCAGAUGAUCUUGAGUUAGAGACGUUAAAGACCAGGGAAGCCCUAGAAAAACAAGCUCUACUAGAAGCCCACAGGGCAAAAUCGUCUAUUCAGCACUAUAAGCAAUUGGCUGGACAGAAAGAGGAGGCCUUCAAAAAGCUUCUGCUAAGAAAUACAAUCCUCUACAAUCUAUAUUUUGCGAUAAAACAUCCUGCUGCAUCAGAUCCAACUCUAAUUACGCGACACAUUAACUCCGACCCUAGCCUUAGCGCACUGGACAGUGAUAUAGGGUUCACACGCCUAUUGGAAAGUAAGCGAAAGUACGCUGGGUCGGGCGUUUUCAGCAACCUGGAAGCGGCAUUAAGGUACUUUAAAAGUCAAACAAACCCCGUGGCUCAUAAAUCUGAGGGUAUAUUCGACGAGAUAAGGGACAGUCUCAAAUCCAACGAUUUUCAGACCGCUUUGUUCGCGAUAAAUCGCUUGCCAAAAGAAGCCAAGCAGGUGCUCUGCAAGUCUGAAUUCGGCGAGCCUUUCAAAUUUUUUUGCCAAUUAGAUCUCACAUCGCGAUACCUUGCAGCCCGUUUAAGCGCUUUAUCAGAUGUCCUAAGCAACGGUAUAAGUGGUACAAGUGAAGAUAAAGUUGCAUAA